UAAUAUUAAAUAGGGCCAGAGAUUAAAAUAAUUCAACUGUAAUUUAAAUCUGCUUGACCUACAUACAGAAGACGCCCAAAAACAAGCAAGGUCGGAGCGAAACCACUGCGAAGUUUCCUUCCCAUUUUCCUUCGUCCUUCUGACAAAUUUAUUAUUUCCUUUUUUUUUCCCUUCUCAAAAUUCAUAAAUUUCCUCUUUAUUUUCUCUCGCUCCGGCCCCAAUUACGCCGGAGGAACUCUGCUCUUCAAUGGCCGACGACGAUGAUGACGGAUUCUUUUCUCCUCCGUCGUACAAACGCUACGCUCUCAGCGGCAAAAUUAUGCUCGGCGCAAUUAUUGUACUGUUGUUUGUCGUUAUCCUCAUGAUUUGUCUCCACCUCUACGUCCGAUUAUACCUCCUCUCCUCCAACCGCCGGCAAGCCCCCCGCCGCCGCCGCCACCGCCGCGCGCACUUUGUAUUUACCGCUGAGCCCCGACACGCCGCCGCCGCCGCCGCUCCGUCGCGUGGUUUGCCGCAGUCGAUUCUCAAAUCCCUACCCGUUUUCGUUCAUUCAGCGAAGCCCGACCCGGAUCCGAUUUGUUGCGCGGUUUGCUUGUCGGAGUUUGAAGAGAACGAAAUCGGGCGUAUUAUCCCCAAAUGUAAACACAGUUUUCACGUGGGCUGUAUAGAUAUGUGGUUUUAUUCGCACGUGACCUGCCCGCUUUGUAGAUCCGAAGUGCAACCGGAAACCGGGUCGGAUAAUCCGCCCGACGUAUCCGUAUCUAUUCAUGACCCGGAUAUACCCGAACCGGGUCCGAGUUCUGGAUCUACCAGAAGCGGAGAAGAACCGGGUUGUCCUUCUCCGUCUGAGUUGCCGUCAUUGGUGGAGCUGGUGGUAGCGUCGUCCGAGGAGUCGAUAUCUGAGGAAGGACUACGGCAAAUUGACGACAUGUCGGUUCACGGCACCUCUAGGACAACGGCGAAUUUCGUGAAGUCGUUGUCGUUCAAGAGAAUCCUCUGUAGGGAUAAACGGGACGGAGUUUCUCCGUCGGAAAACGCCACGGAGGAACGGGAUCUUGAGAAGGAGGAGAUUGAGGCGGCGCGUUCAGUGAGUUGACUCGGUGGGUGGAAAGAUGGAUAGCGGUUCUGUGACGGAACUCGUUUUGACUUUGUAAAUAUCUUUUAAGGAUGUAAACUAAAAUACAAAUAUGGAUUUUUGUAGAUUUCUUAUUGUUUUCGCAUUUUUAAAAAUUCAUCCAUGUUACUUUUUUUC